CUUUCUUUCUUUUGCUGUCUGUGUCACUCACUCUCUCUCUUCCACUUCGAAAUCUCACUCAUACAUAAUAUCUUUCUUUCUAUCAAUCAAUCUUCACCUCCUCGACUCUCUCUCUCUCUCUUAGAGAGAGAAAGUGCUCUUCAUCCUGAUUCUCAUCACUUCCUCUUAUCUCCUCUCAGAUUCGGAUCCAUUCCACUUGCUCCAAACCCGACCCGCUUAACACGAUCCGGUUUCUUCGAUCCGAUCUGAUCCGAUCCGAUCCAUCCUUAUCGGAGCCGUACCACGAGUCUUGUCCGUCCAUAAACCCGUAAUAAUUCGGUGUACAAGAGAAAUCUGGUGCUGGAGGCCAGAUAGGUUGAUUAUGCAACUGUUGCAUAGAAAUGUGAUUGCUCAAGCUGGGUGUAUAGGAGUAUUUUCCAAAAGCAUAGUACAAUUGUGUUGUAGGAGGAGGAGUUUGCAUGUGGGUCUUGGAUUAAAUUAUUUGUGGAAUCGCCAGUUUAGUACUAGUUUAAGAAUGAUGGUUGAUGCGAGUGCAACGGAAGAACGGCGACCCAUUAUUGACGUGUUGCAUGAGAAGGAUGAAGAUGGUGGAUUUGCUACCGGAGGGUGGAAAAGUGAAGAUGCAAAACUGAGCUGUGGAUAUUCAAGUUUUAGAGGAAAGAGGGCAACCAUGGAGGAUUUCUAUGACAUUAAGACAUCCCAGAUUGAUGGGCAAACAGUCUGCCUAUUUGGAAUAUUUGAUGGUCAUGGGGGUUCUCGUGCAGCUGAGUAUUUAAAGGAGCAUCUUUUUGAGAAUCUCAUGAAGCAUCCAAAAUUUAUAAUUGACACCAAAUUGGCUAUUAGUGAAACAUAUCAACAGACUGAUGCUGCUUUUUUGGAUUCUGAAAGAGAUACAUACAGGGAUGAUGGUUCUACCGCAUCAACAGCGGUGUUGGUUGGUAACCAUCUAUAUGUUGCCAAUGUUGGAGAUUCAAGGACAGUAGUAUCUAAGGCCGGCAAAGCAAUCCCUUUCUCUGAAGACCAUAAACCAAAUAGAAUUGAUGAGCGGAAGAGAAUUGAAAGUGCUGGGGGCAUGAUAAUGUGGGCAGGAACUUGGAGGGUAGGAGGCAUAUUAGCUAUGUCUCGUGCUUUUGGUAACCGUAUGUUGAAGCAAUUUGUUGUUGCAGAGCCUGAAAUUCAGGAUCAAGAGAUAGAUGAAGAAUUUGAAUUGCUUGUGCUGGCAAGUGACGGACUAUGGGAUGUCGUACCCAAUGAUGAUGCUGUAUCUCUUGCCCUAACUGAAGAAGAACCUGAGGCAGCGGCUCGGAAGUUAACAGAGACUGCUUUUACCCGUGGCAGUGCAGACAAUAUAACAUGCAUUGUGGUUAAAUUUCACCGUGACACAGCAGAUCCAGCCAGCCCCCAAGCAUGAUUAGAAAUUUUUCUAUUGCAUGUGCAGAUUAAUUAGCAUUUUAGAUGAUUAAUUAUUUGAAAUCUGCACAUGCAUAUUGGCUGAAUGUGCAUAUCAACAGAGGCAAUUUGUUUAUUCAUUAGGUACAUUUUCAAAUCUGCUUGUAUUGAGAACAUGGUCUUUCCACAUAUUUGUAUGUUGAACUGGUUUGGUUAAUUGUCUGUAGAGGUGUCAUUUGGAUAUUUUAAUUUUAAUAACAAAGGCCUAAUGCUUUCUCUUUUGUUA